UUUGCGUACAAUAUUCUUGCAGGGGAACAAAAAGUUAAAUACUGAAGAUGGACUGGUAACUCUGAGUAGUAAUUGUCCUUAUGAUUGCAUGGAAUCUGAAAUGGAAGAAUGGAAUACUGCAACAAACUCUCAGGUUGUUGAUGAGAGAUCAAGUGAUGUUAAAGAUAUAUCUACAAGAUCAAGAGAUAUGAAAAAGCAUUCAAGGGAUUUAUCUUCACAAGCCAAUAAGUGGGGAAGAGGGGUGUGCGGGCCACCUAUGUUAUGAUGUGUUGUAAUAGAACAACAACUUGCAAAACAUGAUUUUGAUUUUUUAAGGUGACCCAAGGCGAGCAUCAACUGCCUGACGCCGGAGCGCCUAAAGUGGGCACAAUUGGCAGCGGCUUGCCGCCUAAGCAUCCAAGUCAGGACAACUUAAAAACAAUGAUUUUGAUACUCAUUGGUUUCGUCCUGGUCCAUGUCGCCAGUGUGAAAGCUAUGUAGGAUUAAAAUGUUCAAGUGGCAUACUGUGUAUUUUCUCACCUAGUGACUAUGGUCCCCUUAUGACCAAAAGAGCUACUGCUUUUAUCCUUCCCUUUGUAGUUCGUACUACUCAACUUUAUUCUUGUUGUUCCGCUCCACUCUUGAGAUUCACCAGUGAGGCGAGACAGGGGUACGACUGCGCACCCGUGAUUUGAUAUGGGCAACCAAGGCUUCAGCAACGUCACUGCUGGUUAUUUGUGGACGACCAAGGAGACACUUACCUUUGUGGACAGGAGUGUCGGGUGGAACUGGGUCGGUCAUUGCCAGGAAUGGACGAAGCGUCCUGUGGCAGAGUGCAGAAAGUAGAGGGAUCUGUCUGGAAGAUGAGUUCACUAUGGAUUCUUUGAACAUUCAGAGAAGAUUGAUACAGUUUGAAGGCUUUGAGAUUGAUAGAUAGAGGAGGACUUCACCAGUGCCAUGGCACCUGCCGCUAUGGUGAACUAGCCUGUUUCCAGUUCCCACUGUGUUCUGGUAGCUAUGAGAGUCUCUCGUGUUGUCGUACUUAUGGUGAUUGCAGAAGAUAACUUCGCCACCCUUUCGACAGCAUGUUCCCAAUGUUCGACAGGUUGCAUUCCACCACCUUGACCGGAUUACCACUGUCAGCCUUUGUCCAAGCCCCUACCUGGACUCCUACAUAUCCAUCACCUCCUCCUCACCAUCCUAGCCCUACCACCGACUACAGCUCCACCCAACUCUAUCAUGUUCAAUUUUCUGCCGAUGCUACCAUGCCAUAACCUUCCCUUUCCUGCUGCCACCAGUCCCGACAACACCCGACAUACAGCUAUACACCACCUCUUGCACCCAUCCCUCCACUUUCAGUCCACAACCGAACCUGCCGCCAGACUUGAAUUCCCAACCUAUGACGUCUCGGUUGGACCCACUAAGUGCUCAUUUGGUGCGAACAGUUCUUUUACUGGCAGAGGGUUUCAUGGGAAUACAAGCUGCUAACCAGUGUGAAGUAUUGAACUAUGUGAACUACAUGGGAAAGUGCCAAAAGAAGGCACAAAACUUGUUUCUGGGGAUGAGGUUGGCUGAUCUGUAAUUUCAACUCGUACAUAACAUAACUACACGACGAAAUCAAAAUGCAAUACCUGUAGGCUGUAGCUACUGUAUGAAUAUCUAAAAUUUUCCAUGUGUUUGGGUAAUGCAAUACUUUAUUAUUUUUAUGUGUACUUGAUUCGUUGCUUGGCUUUGCCAUCAUGCAUCGAGUGUUUUGCUAUCUCAAUUUUGUUCCCCGCCACCAUGUAUUUUUUUUUUUGAGAAAACGCAAAAGACUUUUGCGUUUCAUUGCAUUGAAAAGAAGGGGUUUGGUACAAUCCUCCUAGGAGGCAGAUUUACACGGAGAGUACAUGCACAUUAGUGGACAUCCCAGGUUUGUGGCAAGAUGGCCCGGAGCCCCAAUGCGCCAGCUCUGGCCCAGAGCGCGGCCUCAUCCUUAAUCCUAGCAGUCAGGGAGGUAACCGACGGUGUUGCGCCCUCAAACACGCAUCCGUUGCGAUGCUUCCAAAUCAUCCAAGGGACAAGCAAGGCAGCGGAGGCCAAUCCCUUGUGCAUGGGUUUAGGCGUGUCUUGUCGUGCAGAGCACCACCAGUCGUGGAGAGUGGCAUCGUUAUUGGGCAGAGGGCAAGAGAGGCGCAGCCAUGAGAGAAUCUCGUGCCACACCUCGCGGCUGAAAGGGCACUCCAGGAGAAGAUGAUGAAUCGUCUCCGAAGCCUGAUCGCAAAGAGGGCAGCGCUGUGGGUGCGGCAGGUUGCGUCUCGCGAGGCGGUCGGCCGUCCAGCACCGAUCGAGGUUGGCAAGCCAGUGGAAGAAGCGCACCCGAGGUGGUGCCCAACACUUCCAGGUAAGUUUCCAAGCCUGGCAUCUGGUGGAUCCCUGAAAAGUGGCGAGGUAUGCGGACUUGGCGGAGUAUUCGCCGUUCGCGGUCCACUUCCAGCGAAUGCAGUCUGGAGCGUCGGUGAGGGCGGUUUCGGUGAGCAUGUGCCAGAGGCGCAAGUAUUCUCCGAUCUCCGGGACGCCAAUCGCGCCAUGGAUGUCCGUGGCCCAUUGGUUUGCAUGAAGGCCGUCCGCUACGGUUCUGGACUUGCGACGCCGUUUGGGGAUGUGAGCAAAAAGGAGGGGCGCGAUCUCGCGGACUGCACGCCCGUUGAUCCAUCUGUCCUCCCAGAAUAGGGCGCGUUGGCCAUUGCCAAUAGUCAUGGUAGUGGAGGCGAGGAAGAGCGCGCGCUCCUCGGGCGCGAAUUGCAGGUCAAGGCCGUUCCAGGCCCUGCUAUCAUCGACUCGGCUGAGCCAUUGCCACCUCAUGCGAAGGGCAAGGCCAGUGCGCUCGAGAUCGUGAACGCCGAGGCCACCGAACUGGAUAGGCCGGCAGACACGCCGCCAGUUGACGUGGCAAUUGCCUCCAUUAGCCUCGGCGCGGCCAGCCCAAAGGAAUCCUCUUUCAAUCUUCUCCAAAAGUUUGAUGAUCUUCUUUGGCGGUGCAAGCACAAGGAGACCAUGUAUGACCUGCUGUUUCCACCGAUUGCAUUAUUUAAUGUCAUGAAACGGCUUGAGACUUCGGUUGUCUGACCACAGUAUAUUUGUGAAGGUUGAUAUAGUAUGGUGUUUUAUCUAUUUCCUUGUUAAGAAUGAAUGCAUGCAGGAAGAGUUCCAUCACACUCUAGAAGGUGCUAGGGACUGGCAUGUUAACAGAAGUAAAAUUUGUGGUACACCACUUCCGUUGUGGAUCAGUGAUGAUGGCGAAGAAAUUCUAGUUAUGGAUUCCAUUGAGAAACUUGAAAAGUUAUCUGGUGGCAAGGACGCUGUAAGGCUAUAUUUGGUAAAUUCUCAAGUUGCAUGGGUGCAGUCUCUACAUUUCAAAUUGAGUGGUAUUUCUGAUUCUGUGAAAGCUGUACUCCCCCGAUGGUAUAAUUUGUAUAAAUUUCUUGUCCAAAAUGCAAAGAAACUUCACAGCGAGGACCUCACAGCAUUUUCUCCCAUUGACCAUGCUUCACUUCUGAUGUCAUCCAAUGUGUUAGAUGGCUGGCUACACUCAGUAACUGUACGUCUCGUCAAAUUUGUUCGCCAAGAAAUGGAUGAUCCGCUUUACACGGUUGUGCCAUAUUUGGUAAAAUACAUUGACAAUCUUGCUGAAAUUUAUGUGCAUUUUAAUUACUUCCGUCUUGUCGGCUGUACUGACCGAGAGGACCAUAUAAUCUCUCUUUCAAUAAUCUACCAUGCCCUUGUGACAAUUUGUUUGGUAUUGGCUCCAUUUACACCCUUCUUUACUGAAGUUCUUUACCGAAAUCUACGCAAGGUGUCAAACAAGUCAGAGGAGAGCAUUCUUUUCUGCAAUUUUCCUUCAGAAACUGGGGAGAGAGAUGAGCGUCUUGAGCAAAGUGUAGAUAAGAUGACGAUUAUUGGGCUUGGCCACAAUAUUCGUGAACAGCACAAUAUAGCUCUUGAAGUACCACUGAAUGUUGUGACUGUCACUUCAUCUAAGAAACUCAAUAAGUACUCUGUUGCACGGGCUGAACCUAAUGGAAGUGUGCUAGGUGAAAGAUUGGGCAACGACCUGCACAAGGUAACAAAUAAAGUGAAGAAAAUGACCCAGAAACAAAUCUCAGCCUUUGAGAAAACUGGCGAGAUCUCAUUCUAUGAUCAUUGCCUGAAGCGAGAUGAUAUUAAGGUGGUUAGAGAUUUAAAGCCGGCAGUUUUAGCGAAUCAAGUUGGUGUCGCUAUAGAAGGUGAUAUCAUAGUUAUUUUGGAUCUCAGGGAUCAAAAUGCUGGAAUGGUUCUAGAGUGCAAAUCAGAGGAGAGGGAUGCCAGGCACCCACGUGUGGAUUGUGUGAGUCAACAAUCAGGAAAAAACUACAUUUCUGGAAUGGGAGUUCAAGGAUGGCUUCCUUAUUCUCCUCGCCCCCCUCUUCCUUCUCUUACUACUACUACUACCACCACCACCACCACCACUACAGAGGAGGAGGAAGAGGAGGAGGAGGAGGAGGAGGAGGAGGAGGAGGCAAAGCGGCUAGGUGUGGGCACUAAAGGUAAUGGAUCAGGAAAUUACAGAACCAAAGGUUCCGUUAUAGAUUCUGCAAUGAAAAAGUUUGAAAAAAUUGGGUCAGGAGGUUAUGGUACUGUCUACAAGGUAUGUAUGUAUGACACACUGGUUGCCAUUAAGAUCCUUCAUGCUGUAAGUGCAAUCGCGAAGAAGAAUGCGCAAUGUAUGAGAGCAUUUGACACAGAGGUGACUAUACUUGGUAAAAUUCAACAUCCUAAUCUUGUUCGAUUAAUUGGGGCAUGCAAAGAAAGGCUGGCAAUCGUUUAUGAGUUUCUUCCUAAUGGAACACUGGAUGAAAAAAUUCUCUUCCGCAGAGCCACAUUUACAUGGAGGGAGAGAGUCAAAGUUGCUUUUAGCAUAUGCGAUGCCCUUAUUUUCUUGCACAGCAGAUCAGAACCAGUUGCCCAUGGCGACUUGAAACCUAGCAACAUACUAUUUGAUGCAUCACAUAAUGUCAAGUUGGGGGAUUUUGGGAUAUCCCGUAUACUGAAAAAUACAAGCCACAGUGGUACUAAGAUGCAUGUGACCGGUGGUAAACGAGUUGGAACGCGUCAGUACGCUGAUCCAGAAUUUUUGAUGACUGGGCAGUUGACAUCACAGUCGGAUACAUUUGCUUUUGGAGUAAUUCUGAUUCAGCUUGUCACUGGUCGGUUUGCUGGCAUUAUUCAAUCUGUUAAAUCUCAGCUUUCUGAUUCUGGGUUCUGGAAAGAUGAUGAUCAGAAAAAUGCACUAAAAAAAACGAAAGUAAUUGAUGAGACAUUGCAAAUUUCAGAUAGUGAAAUUCUCGAGGUAAUAGAAAUGCUUAAGAUUGGUUUGGACUGUUGCAAUGAAAAACGAAAAGACCGUCCCAGUCUCGUGGAUAUUGUAUUUCCAAAGUUGAAAAUGUUGAAUGAAAAAACUGGUCAGUGCAAGGUGCCAGUUUGAAGCUACAAUAGUGCCAACAAAUUAAAUGCUAGUGUGCAAUUGCAGGUCGGUGCUCACAUACUGAAUCUAGGGCUCUGAAUUACUUCUCCCUGGCAACGCACUGGGUCUGGAUGGAUACAUGGCCAUAAUCUGAACUUGCUAGAACAUCAUCAAACAGAGCAUUAUGCAGGUGUUAUCGGUUUUCAGCAUGGAUAGCAGGAACUUCCACGGGUUGAAUGGUACAUAUGUGAAUCUGCCAUCUAAGAUCACAAUUGUGUCACGACCCAAGUACAGAGAUGGGACGGACAAACGGAUUCAGUACCAAUCGUUGAUACAAGUUGAAGAUACAGUGGAGAUUUGGGAUGAGAAAUCAGCAAAGAGAUGUGAGGAAUACAGAGAGGCGGAGGUGAGGAGCGAGAGCAGAGGUGAGGAGCUUCAGAAGUUUCAGUCAUUCAUUCGCUGCCCUUCCUUGUGCUCUCCUGAUUGCAUAUGUAGCCUGUGCUGUGUGGGAACUAACCUCCAAUGAACGGCCCAUCUCGUAGCCCAGGCCCAGUUACAAAGUAUAGGGUGACAGCCCAUGGGUGGGGUGUUACACUCUUCCUCCCUUGAAAUUCGGCUUGCCCUCAAGCCGAUGAUGAACAUCCUUGAAUCGGGAAUGCCGCCACACUCGCCUAGCCGAAGAGCGAAGCCACCUGGAUCAUAUAGUAGAAGUAUGUGCUUCCGGACGAUCGCACUGCUUAGCACAAGCUGAUGAAAGAAAUUGCAAUCCUCUUCAUAAGUUUGCUUGGUAGUGUUCAGUCCUCCCAACUCAAUGCCAAUUUUCUGAAUAUUUUCUAUUGCAUCACCAGGCGAACGCCCAUGCUGGCCUAAGAACACACUCUUGAGUAUUUGGGUCCAUGAAAUGGCUAGAGAAAAGGAGAAAAUGGAGAGCAGCCAAAGAAAGUUAUCCCACUGAUACUCUUCAGCAAACUGUUCCAACCAUAUGUACUGCUGCGAUCUUAGAGCCAAGGAGUCAAUGCAAAACACAACACCCUUUGGGUUGUCAGAAUCCAAUGAAAAAAGAAACUUGCAUGCCUCUAAAGCUGAGCAGUGACAACCAUGCCGAUCCAGGAUUUUCAUGUGACUGAGCAGGGAUGUAAGAAAUGGCUUAUUUAUGUCCUGGUUGUAUUUCAACUGGUAGUUGCCCUGCAGUGGACUAAAUAAUGGAUGCCAAGCACACUCCAGUGCAAAUAGACACUUCUCGACGGCAUCUGCUGAAGAGUGAUGUUCUCCAGAAUAUUUGAACAUAUCAGCAAAUGGUAAUAAUGAGUCUGGAUGGUAGGGGUAUUUGUCUAAUAUAGCAGCAAUAGUAUUGAGGUCAUUGGCUGAUUUGGUAGCUUCAAACAAUUUCUGCACAUGGCUGACAGAAGGAUCAUAUGCGUACCUGAAAUAAUUCAAACUGCCCUUUGUCUCUACAAAAUCCAUUGACAUUGACUUGUCCCAUGGUGGCCAGUACACUGUGCAGUGUUGCACCCUUUUUCUUGCUUGCGGCCAUGACCAGCAAGAAAUAAGCAGCUGGUUAGUAGGUCGGAGUUGUUGCAACAACAUGACUGCAGGUACCAAGGUGCCUUGAGGUUGAUGAUCCAUCUCAUAAUUCAGCCCUGCUAUGAACAUCUCCGAAACACUUUGGUGUUGAUGACGACGCCCGUCGCAGACGGUCCAGUCCACAAUAAAUUGCAGUGAACCCCUCUUGUACCAGCAAGUGAGAGCACUAAAUAUGUAAAUAAUUACAGUCCCUUGAAUCAUAUUGUAGUUCCCCUUGUACUGCUUCUGUAGAUGGUCAAACCCAAGUUCAACAAAGUUCCUGCUGUCAUGGUUCACCUGUA